AUGGGCGUAGAGUUUCCUAAGGAUGUUUUUUAUGCCGACUAUCUUAUGCAGCUCAUUACAGGUAGAGUCACUAAUGAAAAAGACAAAAAUAAUAUUGCUGUGCUUAGAAAGAUGUGGAAUAAAAUAUCAAAAGUUCCACGCGGACCUAGAAGAAGUUCAAGCAGUAGUUGCUGGUUAUCGCAGGCAAAAAUAUCCUUUACCCGUGUUAGAGAAAUAAUUGGCUUGUCUUUAUACUCAAACAAACUAUUUAAAGGGUCGUCUUUUCUGAUUACUACGCUGCUUAUAGUUGGACUAUGCAGUAUUGUACUGUUUAAUACAUUUUAUAUACUGUGUGCUUACAAAGCAGUUGAUUUUAGUACAAACUCAAUUCAAAAAUACUGGAGAAAACACACAUCACUUUUCUAUCCAAAUAUUUUGCGCUGUUUCUCGAACCAUAAUCCAUCGGAUUCAAUCAUAUUUAGAAUGAAUUUGGGAGUGAAUUAUAUUUCGGAUUAUAAAUAUAUUUUAAAGCAAACAUCUAAGUAUUACAGAGCAGUCAACAACAUGGGAUGGAUCUCCAUCCUUGGCCAGGUGUUUAGCAAUGUCUUCUUAUUUGCUGGGUUUUUAGCCUGUAUCUGCUCUUCAAAUGGAUUCCAUAGUUCAUCUUUCUACAAAACAUGCAAAGUCAAUAUAAAAGCAAACCGCUUUACAGCAGGUGACUAUAUGUGUGCGCAAGUCAUUAAUGUAAUACUCCAAAAAACAUUGGCCCUUUCAGCUAUAUCAAUGAUUAUAUACUGGGCUCUUUACUUCACUAUAGAUGUGAAUAUGGCAAAAGAAAACACCAUUGGCCACACCCUUCCAACUAUUUUAUUGCUUUGUGCUUCCUGUUUAAUAAGCGCAUACUCAAUUAUGAUAGAUUUUGCCGUCAUUCCAAUAAGAUGGUUUUCUUUUAUUGGAUUUUUCUAUGUAGUGACUAUACAUAUUAUUCCAAUUCUGCUAAAGCAUUAUUUUUUAGAAAACACUGAAUCUUUCUACCAAGAUUUAGAUCCAUUUGCUAUCAACAUUGGCAUUUUCCAGCCAGAAAAAGUUGACAGCACUAAAAACAGUAUCUUAGCAUGCCUCAGCAUGAUGCCAUUUGAUGCUUUUUAUAUUUCUGCUUGUCUAGACUAUGCUAUCACUGCAUAUAAAGUUCUUGUAAGGUACAAUCCUUGCUUUUUCUUCUCACAUAUAUUAACCAAGAUGUCUUUUUAUUUGGGCCAUAUAAGGUUAAAUACAGAAGCAUUAAAACCAAAUCUACCUAAGAUAGAGGAUCAGCAUAUAAAGAGUGCAAUAUCAGGAUCACUAUAUAGUGACUCCCUUCCUGUUUCUUCUGUUAUAAAAAAAACCCUAAUGUGGGUUUCCUUUGACGAGUAUGAUACCGGGUUUAUAAAAACUGCCUAUAAUCAUAUAAUAAAUGAAAUAGACACUAAAUAUGAUGCAAGCAAUGCACAUGAAAUAUUAGAUAACACUUACUCGCUUCAAGACACGCCAUAUAUGCAUAUUCUGUGGAGUGCGCUCUGUUUUUGGUUAAUUCCUAUUGUAUUAAUAGCAUUAACCGCAUUAUAUAAGUAUAAAAAACUACUGCCUAAUGUAAGAAAUUAA